ACUCAAAAAAGCAUAAAAGGUCGAGUAUACUGAUAAUCCAAACCUGACUACUCUAUAGUUUUCCCAUGGAGCUCCUAUUGCCUUCCUUUUCAAUCCUUGUCACCUUUCUUGUUUUUCUGUUCAUGGUGGUGAAAAUAGGGAAAAGUUCCAAAACCAGUCACAGAAAUUUGCAUCUACCUCCAGGGCCAUGGAAAUUACCUCUCAUUGGAAAUUUGCACCAGCUUGUUGGCUCUCUACCCCAUCACAGACUGAGAGAUUUGGCUUAGAAAUAUGGACCAUUUAUGAAUUCGCCAAAGAAAUAAUGAAAACUCAUGAUGUUAUCUUUGCAUCGAGACCUUGUAUUCUAGCAGCAGAAAUCAUGUCUCAUGAUUCUACUGGUGUUGUCUUUACACCUUAUGGUGAUUACUGGAGACAAGUACGGAAAAUUUGUACUUUGGAGCUUUUAAGCAUGAAACAAGUCCAGUCUUUUCGGGUAAUUAGAGAAGAAGAGGUGGCUAAUCUCAUUACUUUGAUUGCUUCAAAAGCCGGAUCACCUUUUAACCUUACAGAGAAAGUUCACUCUUUAAUAUAUGGUAUGACUUCCAGGGCAGCCUUUGGCAACAAAUUCAAGGAUCAAGAAUUAUUCAUAUCACUUAUGGAUGAAACUACAAAAGUGGCAGGAGGUUUUGAUAUUGCAGAUUUGUAUCCUUCCGUUGAAUUUCUACAAUCAAUCACUGGAGAUAAGCGUCAAAUAGAGAAGCUGCUACAAGAAACUGAUAGGAUACUUGAAAGUAUUAUCAAUGAACACAAGAAGGGCAAGGUCACAUCAAAUAUUGGCAAGAGUAAAGAAGCUGAAGAUCUGGUUGAUGUACUUUUGAGAAUUCAAGAGCAGGGUGAACUUGAAUUUCCCUUGACUACUGACAACAUCAAAGCAGUGGUCUUGGAGAUUUUUGGUGCUGGUGGUGAGACAGCUGCUACAACUGUAGAUUGGGCAAUGAGUGAACUGAUGAAAAAUACAAGACUGCUAGAGAUGGCAGAGGCUGAGGUGAGGGAAUUCUUCAAUAGGAAAGGCAAGAUCAAUGAAACGAGCAUUGACGAAAUGAAGUUCUUGAAGCUAGUUGUAAAAGAGACUUUGAAACUACAUCCUUAUGCUCCUUUAUUAGUUCCAAGAGAAAGUAGCGAAAGAUGUAUUGUUAAUGGAUUUGACAUACCCAUGAAAACAAGAGUCAUUGUUAAUGCUUGGGCGAUUGGAAGAGAUACUGAAUAUUGGAAUGAACCUGGGAUCUUCAAUCCAGAGAGGUUUCUCAAUCGCUCUGUCGACUACAAGGGGACUAAUUUUGAAUUCAUCCCAUUUGGGGCUGGCAGGAGGGUAUGCCCUGGAAUGUCAUUUGGCCUGACGAAUGUUGAGCUUACACUAGCAAUGUUGCUGUACCAUUUUGAUUGGAAACUUUCCAAUGGAAUGAAGAAUGAAGAUUUGGACAUGACAGAGGUCUUUGGUAUUACAGUUAGAAGAAAAGAUGAUCUGCAACUUAUUGUCAUUCCUUAUCAUCCUUCGACAGGUGCAUAAGCCCGAAAGGAACGAAUACCUGUUUGUUUA